GUUCUGAAAACUGUGGAAAUGAUGCUAUUUGGCCGAUAAUUCUCCAUAUUAAUAUGAAUUUGAUCACAACGUCUUGACAAUUCGAAACUAAACAGAAAAAAAAACAAAGCUAAUAUUUUGGUGUUAUUAAAAUAUUGUGCUUCAAAAUGUUUUCUAAAUCGCAGACAAGCAAAGAUACUUUCUUGGAACAGACAAAGGCAGCCCGAGAGGAACGGGCGUUAGAAAAAAAACGGGAACAAUCGGCAGUGAAAAUACAAGCGCUUGUUAGAGGCUGGCUCGCUCGACAUAGAUUCAUUAAACGUAUAUUAAAUGAUUUCGAUCAACUACUCCCUGAUGCUGCAUCUCACAGUAAUCAAGAAGAGUCAACACAACAAUUUGAACUAUUCCCAGCACUAGAUGUGUACAGAGUGACAUGUCGCUUUUUCCUCAUAUUUAAACAGCAACGAGACAGGAAACGGUUUGAGAAACUCUGCAAAUAUAUUGUACAGAGUUUACACUCAGAGUCAGUGAAAUUGUCUUAUGUUGGAGUGUUUUUAAACAAAGAGUACAGUAUUAGUUGGAUUUCACAUAUAAAAGAUCUCCUAUAUAAAUGCUGCCAAUACCUCGAAGAGCUGAAACCAGAGUCCCCAGUUGACAUGCAAAGCAUCCUCAUUCAUCUUCACACAUUGGUAGCAUUCACUGCUACCAACACAUGGGCCUUGACUAGACUCAAAAACUUGGAGAAAUUGAGGGGAGGCAUGACCCAGCUGUGUGCCAAUGUCAUGGGCUCACUAUUCCAUAAAGGAUAUUACUUAACUUUGAAGUCCUUGUUGCUUCGGGGGCUCUGUCGCGAGAAGGUGUGUCUCAAAAACAUAGCGUUGACCGCCAUAGUGACUUUGUCGCUGCGGCCACUAGUUUCUGCACAGUUUUCAGAAAAACUUCUCACAAUGUACAUAAUACAGAUACUGUCGGUUCCCACAUUAGUGUUCCAUAUGCAUCAGAUAUCGCAUGAGUCUGUAACUGCGUUCCGCUCAUACUCGAUGUUCGACAAGUGCCUCGAGUUCCUGAGUACGGACCAGAACAUGCGUAUUGUGUUCAAUACUUUGGAAGGCAAUUACGCUCUCUGUCUCCUCGGCAAUCUAAUACAACUGGCGCACUCCGAGAGGGAGCAUGCCAUGCCAGAGUCCUACUAUCCUACGUUUGUGUUGGUAGUAACGCGUUUCCUGGACUCGUGUCAGCAGUAUGUAGUGUGCAAAAAGGGCAACCUCAGUAACUGGCAUCCCGUCCUCGGGUGGUUCUCGCAAGGCUUCGACGUAUACCUACCACCCACUAUGGGUAACCUUCGGACUCAGUUGUCGCUGUUGUGGGGCGCGUCUCUACUUAAGAAAUUGCUGGCGAUGCCGCUGAAGGAGAUGGUGAACGCGGGCGUGACGGGCGAGGAGGGGGCAGGACCUUCUCAGCCCUCCACGCCUGUGCAAAGUAACAAUCCUGCCGCUAUUAUAAGAAGAGCUAUAGAGGCUAGAACGAAUAGAGCAAAUUCCCAUAAGAAUUAUAGAAAAUUCGGUUCUCCGGAUUGUACCAAAGCUGCGUUGAUUUGUUCUAUGUACCAGACUGCGCUGCAGACUAUGAAACAAGUCAAACUAGAUAUACUCACAGGUCUGUGCAACCAAGACGAAAUACUUUAUUCUCUAUGGCAGUUCCUCUGCACAUUGGGACCAAACUGUGGACUGAAGGCAUUCCUUGAUCUCUUAGCUGUAAACACCAAAACAUCAGCACCCGAGUUCCAAAUGUUGAUACUGUUUGCUGAUUGUAUGACCCAUUAUGUUACUAUACUUGAUGACAUGGAAAUGUAUGAGCAACAAGAUCCUUUCAAAUUGCAAGACUUUAUUAACAUGUCACAAUUUUUAAAUAUGUUUGUCUACAAAUCAAUAAUGGGACAGUUAUUCGACCUGAAGAGCAUCCAGAGCAACGAGGUGUUCAACUCGGUGCACACGCUGCUGCUGGUGCUGUACCGACGCGACUGCCGCCGUCAGUACUCGCCGCCGAACCACUGGCUCGUGCGCGACAUACGCGACGGACAGUUCAUGGCAGACCUCGAGAAGGGCAAGAAGCCACAGCAGGUUCUGGUGCAAAAGACUCCUCACAUGAUAGCUCAUGGGGAAAGAGUGAGGCUAUUCAGAAGAGCAGUUGCCGAUGAAAAGGUAGUGCUGGGGCUGACGGAGCGCGCAUGCGGCGGCGGCGGCGCGGGUGGCGCGGGCGGCGCUCGCUCGACGCUGGUGACGGUGCGGCGCGCGCGGCUGGUGGAGGACGGCUACCGGCAGCUGGCCGCGCUGCCGCCGCGCGCGCUCAAGGGCGUCGUGCGCGUGCGCUUCAUCAACGAGCAGGGGCUCGACGAGGCCGGCAUCGACCAGGACGGCGUCUUCAAGGAAUUCUUAGAAGAAACGAUAAAACGAGUAUUCGAUCCAUCGCUGAAUUUGUUCCGCGUGACGAGUGAGGAGCGACUGUAUCCAUCGCCAACCUCCUGCCUACAGGAAAACCACCUUCAACUCUUCGAGUUCAUCGGCCGCAUGCUUGGGAAAGCUGUUUAUGAGGGCAUAGUGGUGGAUGUGCCGUUCGCGUCGUUUUUCCUGAGCCAGGUUCUGGGCCAGACGCAGCAAGCGCUCUAUAGCUGGAUUGACGAGCUGCCCUCACUUGACCGUGACCUCUACCGCAGCCUCACGUACAUCAAACACUUUCAGGGCGACAUUUCGACGUUAGAACUAACAUUUUCGGUCGAUGAAGAGAGAUUGGGCGAGAUAGUGACUCAUGAAUUGGUCCCGGGGGGAAAAGCUCUACCAGUCACUAACGAAAAUAAAAUUAAUUACAUUCAUUUGAUGGCACAUUUCCGGAUGCAUACGCAAAUCAAGGAUCAAACAAAUGCGUUUAUAAAAGGGUUUCGGACUAUUAUCAAUCCGGAGUGGUUGUCGCUGUUCUCCACGCCCGAGUUGCAACGGCUGAUCAGCGGCGACAACGUGCCGCUAGACCUGCGCGACCUGCGCCGCCACACGCAGUACUACGGCGGCUUCCACGACUCGCACCGCGUCGUGUGCUGGCUCUGGGACGUGCUGCAGCGCGACUUCAGCGAGCACGAGCGCGCCAUGUUCCUUAAGUUUGUAACAUCAUGUUCGAAACCACCAGUUCUCGGGUUCGCUCAUCUAAAACCUCCGUUCUCAAUACGCUGUGUCGAAGUUGGUGAUGACGAAGACACGGGCGAUACUAUAGGUAGUGUAAUCAGAGGGUUUUUCACAAUAAGGAAGAAGGAUCCGCUGAAUCGUCUCCCAACAUCGUCAACAUGUUUCAACCUCCUCAAACUGCCGAACUAUCAGAAACGCAGCACUCUACGCGAUAAGCUCCGGUAUGCGGUUAACAGCAACACAGGAUUCGAGCUCUCGUAGUCUCCCACUUCGAUAUUCAAUUUGGUUAGUAGAAAUUUUGAAUGUAAAGUACAGGGAUUUGAGAUUUUUUGCGACAUACAGGAUGUAAUCAGACUGUACGCGUACUUUGUAUUGCGUAUAUGAUAGAUCGCCUGUAAUGUUUCGGCAAUUCAUCGGAUUUUAAACUCUAUAGUACGGCUAAUAGGUACUACAUUGAAUUUUGUUUAUGCAAACCAUUUUUUUUUUACUCCUGCAUUAUCUAUAAUGACAUUUUGAGGUUUGAGUCGAUAUACGUGAUUGAUUUAUAUAUCCACAUAGAAUUUAUUAGUUUUGCUAUAUAAAAGGUCGUCAUAUUUUAGAAUAAAUUUAACACGUAUGCUGCAGUAGUAGGAUAUUCGUUAAAAGCCUUAUUUUUUAAUUUCCUUUUUUAUUUAGAUGUAGUAGUGAUGAUUAUACGUUGUCUAUGGUAAACACAGCUCUAUUAAAAGAUUUGAAAGAUAAUUUAUGGUAACGUCUGACUCUGACGUAGACGUCUCGUAGACGUUUGACGUCUGUACGAUGUGAUUUCAAUUCGAUUGCGUCAAAAGGGAAGUGAACUAGGUACCAUGAAUUAAAAUGAAACGUAACCCCCGAUGCAUACGCGUCAGACCGUUCGUAACUCGAUUAUAAUGCCAGCCUCCCUAGACAAAAGACUAACGAAUCUAUCACUAGAAAUGUUCUCGUCACUGCACGCACGAGAAAGGACAAGACUACAAACUGCUGUCUCUUUCUAUCUCAUGCGUACGCAUUUGUGUAUUUAAAAAUAUUUUCCAGGGAGCAUAUACCUCUCAUAAACGAUGAAUAUGAACUUUUAUAAAUGUUUGCGCAGAGUUGAAAGCUCCAUCUUAGAGUGGGCACGACCCACCCUGAACCCUCUUAAAUACGCUUAAGUGCCAGCGGUAGCGAAAACUUACCUAUCGAUCGAUUCUUCUUAGCACUGUCUUUUCAGUAUCGUUCACGUAAUGUAUUGGAACGUAACAAGCGAAGUUGUGUUUUUCAAUAUAUAUAUAUAUAUAUAGGGUACAUUGCUAGCAAUAGGACUGAUAGUCUGUAUUACUGACGUCCCCCCCACCCCUUCGAAUGGGUUGCAAUCUAGUUUGUGCGUCUGAAGAGGCUACACACACGACAUACCUCGAGGCACAUUUACCGGAUCCCCAGGUUCCCAUUUGUAGACGACUGGAGGUCUGAUGCGAUGGCCUGCCCUGUAAGUGUUGUAGGGCAGGUCUCAUAGGUUAGGGCGGGGCUUGCACUCCCCGCUCUACCGUCACAGGAGGCGAGCGGGCAUUUGCGCACACCUCCUGGAGAACUAUGAAUAAUAUAUAUGAAAAAUGAAUAUCGUUCGUGGUGAAACUUGUACAUACGAUUUAGUUUGUAGAUUAAUAUGGAACGUAAAUGUGGGGACCUACUGUAAACUCGAUAGUAUAUUAAACAUGUCUUGAGGAAAUAUUUUAAACAAAUGUUAAAUAAUAACAUGGAUUACGUCACUAAAAAUUGUAUUUUAUUUUUUUGUAGUAAAAACACAUAAUAAAUAUUUACUUUCACUGAGAACCGAUUUACGCUCCAUCACUUGCCAAAUAGAAGUUUUAUAUAUACGUAUUUUUUUUUUGUUUAGAAAAUGUAAAAUCAGAAGACUGUUUGUCAAAAGAAUCUAUUAACUUUUCUAACUAAUCGUUUUAAAGUUCCUUAUUUUUUCCUUUUAUUUUUCAUUAACAAAUAACCAGUUUUUAAGUAUGUACGAAAUGUAUCCGAACUGAAAUAUAUAUUAUUAAAUUUUUUUUUAGUGUAAAUAUUAGUCAUGAAUCAUGAUUCGUAAAUGUUAAGAAUUGUACUCAAUAUGUCAGCUAUGUUAUAUUUAUACAUAUUAUACUAGUGUGAGUGAUUUAGUGUUCAAAUAAGUACUUGAAUUAUAUUAUAAAACUAUCACAUUAAUUAUACUAUUAAUUUAAAACAAGUAUUUGGAUGUACAUGUCUAUUCCACAUUGUUCUAUGUUUAGUGUUAUACUAUGAAAAUUCACGUUUUCAAGUUUUAAUGCAAUAGUCGAAAUAGGUCGGCCAGUAACUUAGAUUUUUUUUUAUAAUAUAUAAAAAAAAUAACCUUUCAGAGAUUAUUAUAUAAUAUAUACCUACGUGGUUUAUGUUUUUGUUCUUUUAAAUAUUUAUUAUAGUAAUUGUAAUAUAUGGUCUAAAAUACCUACUUCUAAAAUAUAUAUAUUUUUUAUUGUUAAAGUUUUUAAGUGCAUAUUAUAUUGUUUUAUAUGUAAAAAUAAUGGAAUUGACUUGACUAGUUUGUUGAAUACUAUGGAUAGUCAUGGUAUGAUUAUGGAUUGUCGAAGUUAAUCGACUAUUUUCGAAAAAAAUGCUCGUAAGUCAAUCCGGUUAUUGUUACAAUUAAACCUUGGAAUUUUUUUUUUUUUUUUUGUUAAUAUCGAAACUACUCGCGCACUACUUUCCUAUCUAUCUAUCCAUUUAAGAGCUGCGCUCUUGUCGGUGGAGCUCUUGCCUUCUCUACUUUCCUAUAGUCUAACAUAAUAUAAUAGAAUUAAGAUUCUGUCAUAAUUGUCGAGCUACUUUACAAAGUCUCCCUCUGGUAAAUUUAUUAUUGUCAGUCAUUCUUUAAUAUUCCAUUAUAUGUGAUCAAUAAAUCGCCAUAUAGCAUACAAAUCAUCCGGUGCAAUGCGUUUUCAAAAUUGUACUACAUAUUGUAGAUAUUCGUAUAGUGCGCGAGGUCCAUUAAUUUAUUUAUAAAAUUAAUCCGUCAUCUUUAGUGAUAACUGGACGUUUGUAAAAUUAGAGAUCUCUCUGUAAAUAUGUAAUUAGUACGUAGGUGCGUUGCAUUAUUUAUUUGGUGUAUAAAACGAAAUUUUGCACGAUUCGAUUCAGUCCAACUUAAAAAUAGGUGUAUAAUAGACAAUAAUUAAUAUUCAUUUAUUUAUUUACCCGUUUAUGUACAGUGUGGACCUUUCCCCCCGUUAUUUUCUGAUGAUAGUGUUUCAUGGAAAUUGUGACUAGAUUAAAAAUUGUAGUUUUGUAACUUUAUUGCUUCUGUACUUUAUACGACUCAAGGGUAAAGUACUGAAAGAGAUUUAGAUGAAAGUAAUUUGAAUUUCUUAAAUCGAAUGUUAAUGCUUAAAUUAAUUUUUAUAUGGAGAAUUUUAUUUCAUGGCGUAGCUGCUAAUGGGAUGAAACUUUUUCUUUUAUGCAACUUAGAAUGGCAAACAAACUGACGGCUUACUUGAUGGAAAGUGGUGACCGUCGUCUAUAAGUAUGAGCAGUACAGAAACUACUAAUAUUAAUAAUGUGAAUGGUAUUGCUAUUAAAGUAUAUAGAUCAUGGUCGUAGCUAGGGAAGGGGGGGGGGCAUUGAGGGGCAAUGCCCUACCUUAAAAGAAAAUUAGACAGAUUCGUUUUUUCGAUGUCUUAUAAUUAUGGAUUCAACCCAACCAAAAAAUUCUUUUACCCUACCUUAAACAUGAGUCUAGCUACGGCCCUGACACAGAUAUAUAUGUUUAGUAUCACCGCUUUCAGACUUCCUACAGUAGUAAGGGUUUUUUUUUUAUAAAAACUAUGUAUUAUAUAAGGUAUGUUUGUAACCAUGCUCAUUAAAUAUGCAUAUGAAAAACACAUUGUUAUAUAAAUAUAAGGUGUAACGGAAUGAUUAUAAGAAAUUAAAACAUAAUGGUAGUAAUUAUGAAAAUGAGCAACUUUUCGCAAGGAACAUGGGUAAUAUGAAAAUAAAGUUUGCAUUUCUUAAACUUAAUCGGCGUAUCUCCACACCGACGCAGUCUCCCGUAGAAGCCAUUGUAGUGAUUUCAUCACGAUGGGUCUGUCCUGAUUAUAUCCUAGCCUGACAGGCUAGAAUAAAAUAGCCUCACCAGUAAUAAAGCAUUACUACAAGUGAAGUUGGCAGGCAGAGAGCAGUUAUCAAGAAUCCAGAGUUCAAGUCUGGUUAAUUUGAAAAUAGAUGGCGCUUUAUGCAAAUUUAUAUCUUAUCAUAAUCAUCAUCAUAUCAGCCGUUAACCGUCCAGUGAUGAUCAAAAGCCUCUUUCCAUAAGCUUAGCAGGCACAUUGGCAACCGUAGUUAAGGUUGGGUGAUGUAUUAGGAGAGACGCUGCUGCCCAUAUCUCGAAUAUUACGUUCCCCUAUACAGUUGUUUCUUACGACACCCACGGGAAAAUAAGAGAUUAUUUCUAGAGAGUUAUGUUUAGGACUAUUUAUUUAAAGGCGACAAUCCUGAAAUAAAUGUAUAUGUAAAAAACCGCAUCGCAAGUGAUAGGUACGCCAAAAUUUGUAGUUUUAAGUUUCCUGUAAUUAAGUGUCGAGGUAGAUCAGUCGGGUUACCAUUGAAAUAAAUUUCAAUUGAUCGAUAUUGUAAUUGAGACGUUUCGCACUCUCGAAUUGCAACACUAGCGACAUAAUGGUUUCAUACUAUUCGGAUAGAUGCAUAUUAAUGUAACUUACUAAUAUAAACUAUUGUGAACGGACCCAACAUUUAAUCUAAUUUCUAAUUGUGAUUUCAUGAGUGCAGUACAAAAUUGUCAUUGGCAAUAGAUUGGAUUAACGCCAUUUUCACAAAAAAAACUGGUGUCCAGUAUCUAUGUUGCUGGUAUUGUAACACCUUUUUUUUGGUUCCGCCUAUUCACAACUUUUAUCAGUUUCAAAUAAAAGGUUAACAGGAAGAAAUGCAUUUUAUGGGGUAAGUCCGCUAUUGUAAUAAUUAUUUUUCUAAGAACUCUGUAUCCUAUAACUUAAGAUUUUACUGCACCAUAAAAUGUUAUAAACAAACAAACUGGUAUGUUUCAACGAAUGACCGGGAUGAGAAGAAACAGUUGAGGGGAGUCUGCCCUGUCUUUUGAAUUUAGUAAAGAAUAUAUAGUAUACCAUUUGAAAAGAUGCCGAGUUUCAUAAAUACUACCGUUAGUAUAAAACAGUUUCCUUCGUAAUAACGAAUAAGUUACACCAAACCUAUAUUAAUGUAAAACUUUUGUGCAAAUUUGUUCUGGAUUGAAUUGUUUAUUUCAUCUUGCAAAUAUUUGUUUAGGUACUAAGUAAAUUUAUAAUUUGUUAUGAUUUUGUGCAAUUUCAUAGUGGAUUAUCCCGGUGUAGCUAAACACCUUUUGAAAUUUAUAUAAACAAACAUGGUAUUUUGUAGUAGUGUUUCGUUUUUAUUGAAUAUCUUAAUUAUUAAGUAUUUACUAAUAAUGUAUACACAUAAAUAUGAAUCAUUGUAAUUUUGUACUAGCCACGUAAAAUGUUGUAUAACACAAUGUGAUUCUCUGUGAUAAAUAAUUGAUAUUUAUUA